AUCCCUAUAUAUAGGGCUCUUAUUCUCAAUAAUGAAAUACAAUUCUCUCAUCAAUCUCUCUCAAUACUCAUAUUCUUAAACACGUUAUCAGCAUGAGCUCUAGCCACAAAACAAAAAUGAAAAACCCGAAAACUCCUUUCACCGAAAUCUGCCGCAGCCACUAGCCCGUGCUAGCCUAACCUGCAGCCCCGCGUCGCUGCCCUGCUGCCCCUGCAGCCCUACCGGGCCCGUGCGCCUUGCAGCUCUCUCGGCCCAACCUCCUCCUGCGUCUCCGCUGCCCCUGCAACAUCACAGCAGUGCCUACUGCCCGUGCACCCUGCUGCCCCUGCAGCUCUGCCACAAGCCUGCUGCCCCUGCAGCCCCGUGUUCCAGCCAUUGCAAUCCUAGCUUAGGAUUGAACAGCCACUGCAAUAUUCCUAGCUUAGGAUCGAACCGUAUCUGCAAUCCCAAUCCAGGAUCGAUAGCACGUCUGCAAUCCUUCACGGUUUCAAGCUUCAAUUAACCAAGAUGUCGAAGCCGAAGCUUGACUUUCCUAUACUUGACUCAACUGGCUAGGAAUAUCAUAGUUGGGUCACGGAUGUUGAGAACCACCUCACUUCAAAAGGGAUCCUACCCGUAAUUCAGGCACCAAACCCUGAUCUCCUAUUCAAGCGUACGGCUACGAAUAAUGUCACCGCCCUUAUCUUGAUGGGGCGUCACUUGGAUAAAUCACUCCGAUUGGAGUACAUGGCAAUCAAGGAUGCUAGGGAAUUAUGGGUUGCGCUAGAAGAGCGUUUUGGCAAUGUCAAGGACUCCCUCCUCCUCGACUUGAAAGUUCAAUGGAGCAAUCUACGAUUCGCCGACUUCAAGUCCGUAGCUGAAUUUAAUUCAGAAGCUCUAAGCCUCAAAACCAUGUUGGGGUUCUGUGGACAACCUGUCACGGAGCAAGAGCUAAUUGAGAAAACUCUCUCCACCUUCCCCGUCUCAGCAAUUUUGGUAUCAAAGCAAUAUCGAACCGAAUACAAUACUGGAUGGAUCACGAGGUUUCAUAAGCUAAUUAAUGUUAUGUCUGUAGCUGAAAAACAUGAUAAUAUCCUCGUGAAGAAUUAUAAUUCAAGACCUGUCAGAACUAAGAGCGUUCACGAGGAAAAUUAUAAUAAUGCACCCAAAGGAGGGCGCAAGGAGCGGAACCCUAAAAAUAAGGGACACAACGGACGUUUUGGUCCAUAUAACCGCCCUAAAAAGGAAGGUAAUCGUCAGAAUGAAGGACGAACACGUGGCAAUACAUGGCAACGUGGGAGAGGAGGCCGUGGGGCUCCAGGACAUGGUGGAGCCGCCCAAGGCCGUGGGAAUGGCGCCAACUCCUCUAGGGGACGCCACCCAAGUGCAAACAAUGCACCUCAAUUAAAGGGAGGCAAUCACAAUGACAUGUGUCAUCGAUGUGGAUCAAGUGAGCAUUGGUUCAAGCAAUGCAAUGCAAGCGAUCAACUAGCUGCGCCUUACAAGGCAUAUAGAGACUUUAGAGAGCAUGAAGCCUAUCUUGCCGAAGAAGAAGAAGAUGGUGAUGAUGCCAAUGUCAAUCUCACCAUAGCGGACUUCAAAAAUUUGACAAAGAAUUGCACAAGGAUGUUGCAGAUUUUGAUUAGUAUAGUCCUUUAUUUUUCCAAGAAUUAUGUAAUGGCAAUUAUGCCUUAAAUCAAUAAAAUGACUUAUUGUAUUAA